UGCCCGGCUUUCAUUUUCCCCCUCCAUCUACAAACGAUGGCGUCCGCCAGCACGGCGAGCAGGGUCUCAUGCGGGAGGGAUAUAAGUUGUAUUCCCGAGGUGGCCGAUACCCUCGCUGCGGUCGCGAAACUCGGUUUCGACUUUCUCUGCAUGCCUCUCUUCCAUCCCCGGUUCCGGAGAGAGUUUGAACUGGAACCUGCUAAAGCUAGACCCGGAGCUCAGACGCGCUCUGACCUGCUGCUGUGUGGUAGAGACUGGAAUACUCUUAUUGUGGGAAAACUCUCGCCAUGGAUAGAGGCAGACUCCGAGCUGACCACAGAGCGCAGGAAUUCAGAGGCAGCACUGGUGCAGGAGCUGAAUUUCUGUGCCUAUCUGGGCCUGCCAGCCUUCAUGAUCCCCCUGAAGGGCCAACGAUGUGCCAACCUUGCCCGGGUCCUGCUCAACCACAUCCACACAGGACACCACUCCUCCAUGUUCUGGAUCCGAGUUCCGCUGCUGGACCCCGAGGACACUCGUGAAGACCUCAUUGAGAACGAGCCCUCCAAACAAAUGGAUGACUCUAGCAGCGAGGAAAAGACUUGGGGCUGGUGGCACUCGUUUCGAACCCUCUGUGACUACAACAAGAGGAUUUGCCUCGCUAUUGAGAUCGGGGCAGACAUGCCCUCCGAUGCGGUGAUCGACAAGUGGCUCGGUGAGCCAAUCAAAGCCGCCAUCCUUCCCACCAGCAUAUUUCUGACCAAUAAGAAGGGAUUUCCAGUCCUGUCAAAAGCCCACCAGCGAAUCAUAUUCCGCCUCUUCAAGCUGGAGGCCCAGUUCAUAUUUACAGGCACCAGCCGGCACAGUGAGAAGGAUUUCCGCUGCUACCUGCAGUACCUGGAACACCUGAACCAGAAUCGGCCGGCCCCCAACGCCUACGAGAUGUUCGCCAAGGGUUACGAGGACUACCUGCAGUCCCCGUUACAGCCUCUAAUGGACAAUUUGGAGUCACAGACAUACGAAGUCUUUGAAAAAGACCCCAUUAAAUAUUCGCAGUACCAGCAGGCGGUGUAUAAAUGUCUUCUAGACCGAGUUCCAGAAGAACAAAAAGAAAGCCGCGUACAGGUUCUGAUGGUACUCGGCGCCGGCCGAGGUCCCCUGGUUAAUGCCUCGCUCCGCGCCGCCAAACAGGCCGACAGGAAGUUGCGUGUGUACGCCGUAGAGAAGAACCCCAACGCUGUCGUCACUCUAGAGAACUGGAAGUUCGAGGAAUGGGGAGAUCAGGUGACUGUUGUAUCCUGUGACAUGCGGGAGUGGGAGGCACCGGAGAAAGCGGACAUCGUAGUUAGUGAGCUUCUGGGAUCCUUUGGCGACAACGAGCUAUCCCCCGAGUGCCUGGAUGGAGCACAGCACUUCCUGAAAGACGACGGCGUGAGCAUUCCCAGCUCCUACACCUCGUUCCUGGCACCGCUGUCGUCCUCGAAGCUGUAUAACGAAGUGCGCAGCUGUCGAGAAAGAGACAAGGACCCCGAGUGCCACUUUGAGACUCCGUAUGUUGUGAGGCUGCACAACUUCCACCAGCUGGCUGAUCCAAAGCCGUGCUUCACGUUCGUGCACCCCACCACAGAUAUGAACAACAACAGAUACCAGUGUCUGCGCUUUACUGUGGCCUGCAACUCGGUGCUUCACGGUUUCGCUGGCUACUUUGAGACCACACUGUACAAGGACGUGAUGCUGAGUAUCCGGCCAGAGACUCACUCCCCGGGAAUGUUCUCCUGGUUCCCCAUCCUCUUCCCACUUAAACAACCCGUUCCCCUGGCCGGAGGUGAUGAUGUGGGCGUGAAGUUCUGGAGGUGUAACAAUGGGAAGAAAGUGUGGUACGAGUGGGCGGUGACCGAACCUGUCUGCUCUGCCAUCCACAACCCGGCGGGACGCUCCUACACAAUUGGGUUAUAGGGAGACCACACGCACACAAAACAUGGAUUAAACGUACUUUUUUAUACACCUGUUCUCAUGUGUGGUGUAGAUGGGAGACUUCGUUGUUGUUGUUGUUGUUGUUGUUGUUGUUAUUGAUUUUUUGAUUUUAUUUUUUUUUUUAUUACUGACAUACUGACACUUCCACCCAGGGUGUGUACUGGCAUGAUGAUGAUGACAUUGUCAGUUUCACACAUUCAUUUUUGUACUUGUUUACACAAAGUCGGGCUCGACAUCCGAGAUGCCCUUUAAAAGAACUAAAAGCUCACUGGUGUUCGUUCUACUUUCAAAAUUGUUAACACUGAGGAAGGCAGAUCUGAGUCAUGCGAUACUGAAAUAAAUUAUGUCUUGUCUGGA